CCAAGCAGCCUUUCCUGUUGCCCUGGGGGGAAUGGAGAGGCAGGGCAAUGCGAUGGAGAUGGAGUCUAGUGAUUGCUUUAAGGGAUUUGCUGUCUCUUUCUUUCUCCCUCUCUCUCUUUUUCUUUCUCUCUCCUUUUUCCCCCCUUUUCCCUCCCUCUUAUCCCUUUCUUGGUGCAUUUGUCUUCGAGGAACCUGGGGUGUUCUUUUCAUCAGUUCAAUCUCUCUCUGGCACUUGAAUUCUGAUUGGCUGAAGGUCUUAGGAAAAAAAAAAUCUUUAAUUAAGUAGAUAAUCUCUUCUUAGGAAGUUCUGCGGCUCCAUUUCACCAACCCCCUUUAGCUCUUACUUUAGGAUUGGUUAACCUUCACACAAGUUGGGAUUCAGGGGCAUACGCUUCUUCAUCACACCAGGAGCGCUGGGUGGAAAAUAACUCCAUCCGUUCCCUAAUUUUUAUUGCUGUUUUUUUUUAAUCUUUUUUUUUCUUUUUUUUCCCCUCGGUGUUGGUACCCAGUUUUGUUGGUUGGUUGUUUUUUGUUUGGUUGGUUGUUUUUGUUUCGUUUUUGGUGUUUUUUUGGGUUUUUUUUGUUUUUUUUGUUUUUUUAGGAUGUCCUUUUUUCCUCUUUAUUUGGAUUUUAUGUUUCACAUGGACCCUUAUCUGGGCAUCUUCCUCCUCACUCCCUUCUUCCAGCCCUGCUGUGCUUGGUCAGUGAAUAAUUUCCUGAUGACGGGCCCCAAGGCCUACCUCAUCUACUCCAGCAGUGUGGCUGCUGGGGCACAGAGUGGCAUCGAGGAGUGCAAGUUCCAAUUCGCCUGGGAUCGCUGGAACUGCCCCGAGCGGGCACUGCAGCUCUCCAGCCACGGCGGGCUGCGCAGCGCAAACCGAGAAACUGCCUUUGUCCACGCCAUCAGCUCUGCAGGUGUCAUGUACACACUGACCCGGAACUGCAGCCUGGGGGAUUUUGACAACUGUGGCUGUGAUGACUCCCGCAAUGGGCAGCUUGGUGGGCAAGGUUGGCUGUGGGGAGGCUGCAGUGAUAACGUGGGCUUUGGGGAAGCCAUCUCCAAGCAGUUUGUGGAUGCCUUGGAGACUGGACAAGAUGCCAGAGCUGCUAUGAACCUGCACAACAAUGAGGCAGGAAGAAAGGCUGUCAAAGGGACCAUGAAGAGGACUUGCAAAUGCCACGGUGUGUCGGGAAGUUGUACCACACAGACCUGCUGGCUGCAGCUGCCCGAGUUCCGCGAGGUGGGCACUUACCUCAAGGAGAGGUACCACAAGGCCUUGAAGGUGGACUUGCUGCAGGGGGUGGGGAACAGCGCUGCCAGCCGGGGGGCCAUCGCUGAGACCUUCAGCUCCAUCUCCAAGAAGGAGCUGGUCCAUUUAGAAGACUCUCCUGACUACUGCCUGGAGAACAAGACGCUGGGGCUGCUGGGCACGGAGGGCCGGGAGUGCCUGAAGAGAGGCAAGGCGCUCAGCAAGUGGGAGAAGCGGAGCUGCCGGCGGCUGUGUGGGGACUGUGGGUUGGCGGUGGAGGAGAGACGGGCUGAGAUGGUGUCCAGCUGCAACUGCAAGUUCCACUGGUGCUGUGCCGUGCGGUGUGAGCAGUGCCGCAAGCGGGUCACCAAGUACUUCUGUGUCCGCAAAGAGAAGCGGGAGCGGAGCGGGGGUGGCGGGGCCAGCCGCAAGCUCAAGAGGAAGCUCUAACUGCCCCCUGCUCCCACUUGGUCCUGUCUGCCCCUCCUCUCUUCUCCUUCCUUCCCUUCCUCCUUUUGAGUUAGUUUUAUCUCAUUUCCAAGCAAGGCUCCUUCACCCAACAUCACCUCAGUGUGUGGCUUGGAUGAGGCUGGGAAGGCACUUGAGUGCUGGCAAAACCAGGUGAGAUUUAGUCCCUUCAGCCUAGGAUCACUCUAUCCAGUGACUAUAGUUUUACAGCUGAAAAAGCAGCUGCCCUCUGUUGCUCCUGCUCUUUUCAGCCUGCCUGAUCCCCAGACAAGUACAGCUCACACUGCUCCAGGCCUUUGAGCAAGUAUGAUCAACACUCAGGAAAGCACAAGGAAGCUUAGAUGGCAUCACCAAACCACUCAGGGUGGUAGCCCCUAAAAAAAGGUUUCUCAUGCCAUAAAAAAAUAGAAUCCCUCAAAGAAAAAUGGUGCCUUUUAUCAAACCCCGUGCUAUGAGGAAAAGGCAUGAAACUGCUUCCUGCAGUGAGCCAGCUACCUGGACAGCACCUCCCAUCUUUCACAGCUUAAUUCAGCUUUUCAGUGCAGCAAGAUUCCAGCUCAUUAAAUAUUUAUCCUAGGAAAGAGACCCAUCAGUUGCUUUUUUACACACUUGUUUUGGAUCCUCUGAGCCUCCAGGCCUGCCCCCCACUUCAUUCCCACCUCUUACAACAAUGCCCUCACACUUGUACAGUCCACCUUCCCUCCCCAAUCUCUCCCAGAGAGGAGCUGGCAUCUGAGCCCAUUCCCCUCCUCAUACUUGCUGAGCACUCACCUGUCAGCUAACUGACAUAACUAUAUACUUCCCCCUAGUCUGAGAAAAAGUCAGUUACUAUUUAAUGGUGUUGUAAAUAAGAAAGUGAAGCACUUUGAAGUUUAAUUUAUUGCACAGUUACUGUGAUGUACACAUAACAGUUUUUCCUCUACAUCUUAUUGUAUAUAUUCUAUAGGCUAAGCAAGCAGCAGGUUAAGAUUUGGUUGAUGCAUCUCUUUUCCCUUGCUGUGGCUGAGGCAGGGUGGGAGGAGGCUGUCAAGUUGCAGACCCAGGGGAAGCUCACUGCACCCUCAGUGAUCUCCUCAGGGCUGUCAAUUUAUAUUCUACUUUGCUGUUUGAAGUAUCUCUGGACAGAUGAGAAGCCAGCAGAGUUAAAUUACUGGCCCUUAGACCUGUCUUGUAGCCAAUAUUUGUAAAGGAAUAGCCAAUGCAAUAAAUCAGUAGCCAAGUGCUUGCAAAA